CCGCGAGGAGCACGCUCGCACGCAGGCGGAAUACGACGCGACAGCCGCACUGCUCGCCAAAAAUGCAGCCAUCUACGGCCUGCCAGAGUCGCCUGCCGACCUCUCUGACGAACAGCAGGAUAUCCUGCAGGAAAUCGACGUGCGGCGGCAGCCCUCUCAUCACGCCGGUCGAUUCUUGAUGGGUGUUUACAGAGCUCGGUGAAGAUGCGUUUUCUGCCUCCGCCCUCUCUGCUUGCGGGUCGACUGGUCUUCGAGCUGGAUCCGUCGCCGGGGCUGGCCAAGACCACCGCCAACUUCCGUGCGUUGUGUACGGGCGAGAAGGGCGCGUGCAAGAACGCGCCGAAUAAGAAGCUUCACUACCUGGACUGCCCAGUGCACCGGAUCGUGAGGGGAUUUGUCGCGCAAGGAGGGGACGUGACGCGAGGAGAUGGGAGUGGAGGCGAGUCAAUAUACGGCGGGAAGUUCAACGACGACAAGGAGGGUCUGAAGCGGAAGGCGCGCAAAGGCUCGCUCGCCAUGGCGAACUCGGGGAAGAACACCAACUCAUCGCAGUUCUUUGUCGUCCUCACAGACGACGAGACCAAGCUGGGCAAGCUGACGGGCAAGUACGUCGUCUUCGGGUCGCUGAAGGACGGCUGGGACGUGCUGCAGCGCCUCGACGAGAUUGGGGGCGGCACGGAAGGCAAGCCGGCAUGUCCAGUAUGGAUCGGUGGAUGCGGCGUGCUUUGAAUCCAGAUUGCGUUUGCAU